AUUAGCGGGAAAAACUUCCAUAGUACUUGAAAGGAAACCUCUCUCCCAGUGGUCGGAAAGGCCUAAAUCAAAAGCCUUUGAAGGUCAUCGAGUUUGGCGAGUGAAUCCACAGAAAUCUUAGUCAAUAGCCUUUCCCAGAUUGGUUAACUGGUAUUUUGAAACAAAUAUUGGCGUUCGACGAGGAUUCGAGCGUUUUCCCACACCAGCUGAACUUCUGUUUCAUGACAUGUGCAUUGGCUAAGAAUUAUACCUAACUUUCCAGCUUGGAGGAAAGUCACUACAGACAGCGAAAUAGGGGACGGGGGGUAUCAAGCGGUGAAUACGUCGUAGUCAGAACCAGUUGGAAUUGACAUCAUUUUGGCACAUGGGAAACAAUCAAUGAACAACUCUUAGCAGUUGAGUUUGAGUCUGUGAAAGAGACACCACCAUUGUAUGGUAUACGUAUACCUGAUCCUAUGGCCAGUUUGGACGUCUUAGGAAAACCAACCCAUCGAACCAAAUCUUCGGACUUGACCAAGAAUGAUGCAAGAUUCCAAGCCCAACAAUUAGCACAGAAGGAGGAGAAGCUCAUCCAUUUAUUGGAGCAAAGGCAAGAGGAAACAGUGAGGCGGAUCAACAACUUUAAUGGACGGGAUUCAAUUGCCUCGCAUUCGGCCAAUUCACUGUCAUCAAACAACAGUGCCAAUUCAAUCACACCUAGCGUGGGCCAAAGACCCGGACGGGUCCGCCAAAUGUUCGAAGACCGACGGAAGAAUGAGAUCAACACCACCAAUGGGACGAACGGAAGCCCGGUGGGCUGGGACAAGAGCUACCCAUUGAAGCCGGUCAACGGUGCGCUGUACAAGCGGAACAGCAAUGCGGCACUCAAUGUCAAGUCGAAUAAGUACUCCGGGAAUUACGGACCUCGGAGAAGCAGUAGCCAGAACCGAGGAGUGAGCUUGGACCGGGCGCGAUAUGCGGCCUCCAACUCAUCCGGAUACUCGAGCGCUUCCAUGGCUCGAACUAGGAGCCAUCACCAAUUGAGUCAAUCCUCGGGCGAGGAUAGCUAUGGCUCAACCAGUCGACCCCCGUCUCGGGGAGGCAUGGGCACUUAUGGCACCUAUGGUGCCCGGGGGCGGAUGCAACGGUCACAGACAGGCUAUGAGGAUGACUAUGAUGAGAUCGAGCCUAAAAAGACAUCCUAUACUAGGGAGUAUAUCAAAAAUCUCCCACCUACCAAUUCUACCCCGCGGGGCAGGAUGGCCAGGCCGAAUCGCCUUCGAGAACCAAGUCCAGCAGGACGUGCCUCUUUUGAACACAACUCCUAUUCGUCGCAAUCCUCCGAAAAAUCGGACCCUCCGGCCUUCACCGUGCUACACACCAGUAAGAGUGCUCAUCAAUUGGGUUUAAAUGGGACGGCAGGCUACAAUGGAGUCCUAGCCUCAUCUUCCACAGAGGACAAUGUUGAGUAUGGCGGCGAUCGGAGAUCCACAUCCCGACCACGAAUCGAUACUCGGACGUUCAGAAAAAGUCGGAGUCCGGAGCCGACGAGUCGAUCGCCGAGUCUCUCUCCGACCGUGCCCAGGAGCAAAUCUAUGCAGAGACGUAGAUCCAGCCUCUCACGGUCGGAAGCUCCUCCGGAUCACUCUGCUUACUUGGCCCAUCAAGAACGGACAGAGGUGGAGAGGCGAAUCGCCAAGGAACGCGAGGAGGAGAAACGCCGGAUGCAAGUCGAGAUGCGCAGACGAGAACAGGAAUUACUCGAACGGAUCAAGAGACAGCAGAAAGAAUUGGAGACCAUGAAGCAGGAAAAGACAAAGGCUGCGGCCAAGAUGGAAUCGAUUGGACCCGCCAAACCCCCCAAUUUUCAGAGGAACCCUAGCCAGAGAUCCUUCAGAGUUAAGCAAUCAUCCGGACCAGCCCAACCCGUCAAACCUACGGAAAAUAAACAGAAGGUGGAACGAGAACUUCAGCGGCAGGAGGCAAAUCGAGAACGAGACCGAAAGCUCGCGGAGGACAAACGCCGUGAAGAGGAGCGGGUCGAGGAACGGGAACGGAUGCGGGAAAGGGAACGGGUCCGGCGAGAUCGAAUGACCGCAGCUCGUGAACAAGCCACGGCUAAGAGGCAGCAACACCAGCUUUUGAGUCGGACCUCGUCCGUGGGCACCAACGGCAGCAGUGGACAUUCCGGAACGAAUAAUGACUCGGAUGAGGACUUCGAUCCAGCCACGUACAACGUGACGAGUCCCACUAAGCGAUCCUCGCCGCUCAAGAGCGUCAAUGGUGGGUAUCGAACCACGAUCAACAUCAACGCGGACAAUGACGACUCUCGACACCGUGAGAUCCACCAGAGCAACGGUGGUGGGGGCGGCGGUGGAACCAUGAGAUCCAAUAGCCAUGGAGGGGGGCCCGCCCGAACUGUCAGCAAGAAGACCAAGCCUUCGAUCUCCAGUUCGACUCCCGGCCCGGCAUCCUCGACGACGCCUUCAGGACCCAAGGAGAGGAAGUCCUUGUUUGCCUCCAACACCCGUGAUGAUCUAGUGCCAUGUUCCAAUUGUGGACGCUCAUUUGCCGAUGACAGGAUUGCAAAGCAUGAGGAGAUCUGCACCAAAACAUCCAAGAAGAAACGAAAGACCUUCGAUUCCACUAAGAAGCGCGUGGCGGGCACCGAAGCUGAGGUCUACGUCAAGCGGGCAUCCAAAUCCAAGAAACAGGAGAAGCCCGUUAAGAAGGCCGAUUGGCGGAAGAAGCGUGAAGAGUUCAUCAACGCCCUCCGAGCUGCCAAAGAGGCUCAACGGUAUGUGGCCGCAGGUGGAAAGAUCUCAGAUCUGCCCCCCCCGCCUCCCAUGGACACAUCAGACUACAUUCAGUGCCCUCACUGCGGCCGAAAGUUCAAUGAAGCUGCUGCGGAUCGACACAUCCCCAAAUGCAAGGACAUUAAGAGCAACAAGCGUUGAUUUGGAUUCCCAUUCCUACCUAAGACCUCUACCCCCUAUCACCGACCCCCUACGACCCCGGACUCCCUACCAUCGCUCCCCAUCGCCACCCUCUUGCCAUGAUUAAUCCAAUACUAACCUUCCGCUGCUCUCUUUAUGUUGUUAACCUCUUUUGUCAGUAUCACACUGAAGCAUUUCAUGCUCAUUAAAGCCAAUAUGAUAAUUCAUCAUAGACUUGUUAUGUCCUCACGAAAUAUAAUCCGUCCCACCUUUACUAAACACACGAAGUUCGGAGCAGCUUUUCCUUUGCUCACAUGUUUUCUUUUGAUCGCAAGAAACACAGUAAGUGAGACCAUUUGAAGAUGUCCUAAUGCAAGCCAGGUCAGUGAGUUGUUAACGUCCCCUCCUUCCAUCCAUCCAUCCAUUCCAAAUUAACAUGAACCGUGGCACCGAAACUCGAGCUCGGAAGACGCAAUGUUUCAUAAUGACUUUCAUAUACUGCACAACCAACCAACCGACCAACCAACCAACCCAUCCACCCUCCAAGUCUAGGUUCGUAGGUUCACUCACAAUUGGUCGGACGCUUUAACAUGGCCUGCUCAUUACCCGCUGCCUUCCACCUAUAUACUGCCUUCUAUUAUGCGACAGUGACUGGCUUCCACUCAGUUAUUAUGGACAAAAAGUGUGACGAGUCAUAUAAUUCCUCGGAUCUAGGUCGGCCACCUUGCUGAGAUUCUGAGAUUACCUCGACUGCAGUCGAAAUGGUCGCCAAUCCCUUGGGUAGUGACGAUGUGGAACCUCCGGGAAAAGGCCGUCAAAACAUUUGUAUUUCUUUGAUGAAAGGUCGUGGUUCCAAGCCGUAAUUAAAUAGCCAUGGAACGAGCUUGACUAUUCUAUUAUCGACGAGGAAGCAAAAGCAUUAAUGCAACACAUUGUUAAGGAGAGAAUUCCCUUGUGACACACAUAUAGUGAAAAAUAUUUGGAGUGCCUUUAAUUAUAUAUUUGGCCCCUGUCUGUGAGUAAUAAAGCAAAACAAUGUGA